AUGAGCGGUGCCCCCGGCGGGCCCCGGCCGAGGACCCCGCCGAGCCGCGGAGCCGCGGGCGCCCCGUCGCCCCGGCCGCCCCCCGCCGACCCGCUGCGCCAGGCCAGCCGGCUGCCCAUCCGCGUCCUGAAGAUGCUCAGCGCCCACGGGGGCCACCUCCUGCACCCCGAGUACCUCCAGCCGCUCUCGUCUACGCCCGUCAGCCCCAUCGAGCUGGACGCCAAGAAGAGCCCGCUGGCGCUGCUGGCCCAGACCUGCUCGCAGAUCGGCAAACCCGACCCGCCGCCGUCCUCCAAGCUGAACGCCGUGGCCUCCGCCGGGCUGCCCGCCGCCGACAAGGAGCCGGCCGCCCGCCCCGCCGCCCUGAAGCCGCCGGGCAGCGGCGACGCGCCGCCCGAGGACAAGUCCAGCUUCAAGCCCUACUCGAAGGGCGGCGGGGAGCCGCGCAAGGACGGCAGCGCCGACAAGGCCGGCUUCCGAGUGCCCAGCGCCGCUUGCCCGCCGUUCCCCCCGCACGCCGCCGCCUCGCCCGGCGGCUCCCGCGACGCCUCGCCCCAGCACGCCGACCCCAAGGGCGCCGAGGAGAAGAAGGAGCCCGAGGCGGGCAAACCCAGCCCCGAGGGGACGGGCGGGGGGCUGGGGCGCGGGGCGACGGAGCCCGGGGCGCACGGCGAGCCCCCCUCGGGCCGCAAAUCGGAGCCCCCCGCCCUGCCGCCCGCCGGCCAUGUGGCCCCCGUCUCGCCCUACAAGCCGGGCCACUCCGUCUUCCCGCUGCCGCCCUCCAGCAUCGGCUACCACGGCUCCAUCGUCGGCGCCUACGCCGGCUACCCGUCCCAGUUCGUGCCCGGGCUGGACCCCACCAAGCCGGGCCUGGUGGGCAGCCAGCUGCCGGGGGCUCUGGGGCUGCCGGGGAAGCCGCCCAGCUCCAGCCCGCUCACCGGGGCCUCGCCGCCCUCCUUCAUGCAGGGAUUAUGCCGGGACCCGUAUUGCCUGAGCUACCACAGCGCCUCGCACCUGGGCUCCAGCAACUGCUCCAGCUGCGUGCACGACCCCGGCAGCCUGAAGAGCGGAUACCCCUUGGUGUACCCCACGCACCCCCUGCACUCGGUGCACACCACGCUCUCCUCCGGCGGCACCCCCAGCCUGCCCGGCCACCCCCUCUACACCUACGGCUUCAUGCUGCAGAACGACCCCCUGCCCCACAUAUGCAACUGGGUGUCUGCCAGCGGACCCUGCGACAAGAGGUUUGCCACCUCGGAGGAGCUGCUCACCCACCUACGGACCCACACGGCUCUGCCCGGGGCGGACAAACUCUUGGCGGGUUACCCUACCUCCGGGCUGGGCUCCGCAGCCUCCUGCCACCUCCACCUCCCGCCCGCCGCCCCCGGGAGCCCCAACACGUUACCGGCCUCCCUCUCCUUGAGGAGCCCACACACUUUGGGACUAAACAGGUACCACCCCUACGGCAAGAGCCACUUGCCCACGGCCGGCGCGCUGCCCGUGCCCUCCUUGCCGGCCGCCGGACCUUACUACUCGCCAUACGCGCUCUACGGCCAAAGACUAACUUCAGCUUCUGCACUGGGAUAUCAGUAACCACGGCGGCUCCAGCCUCCUCUUCCUCAGCCCCCCCCGGCUCCCUCCUCCGACUGUGUAUUUAUUUACUGUAUGUUAGCUUAAAGCUGGGAAUAUAAGUGCAUUAAUACACCACUGAGCGAUGGUAUGCAAAAAGUCUGUGUCCAAAAAAAGAGAAAAAGAAAAAAAGAACCCCCCCUCCCCUCCUCUUUGCUCUGCAGGUGUGGGGCUUUGCUUCUCCCCUUCUGUUUGCUUUUUGGUUUUGGGUUUGUUUUCUUUCCUCCACCUUCUUAAUUUCCCUCCCUGAGAAAUUCUUGCAUGACUCCUGACACACAGCGAGCUGGGAGGGGGAGAAAAGGCAUUUUCCUCCUCCCCUUCUGCGCUUCCCGCGCUGGGAUUCUGUUCCUCCCCGCGCUGGGAUUCGGUUCCUCUCCGUUUGUAACCGUAACAGAUGUCACUUUUUAAUAGGUUUUUUUUUUGUUGGUCGUUUUUUCCAUUUUUUUAACAUUUUUCUUUGGUUUUUUUUGGCCAUGUUGGGGGGCGGCUGCAGCGGAUGCCCCGACCCCCCCCGCCCCCCAUCCCACGCCGCCCCACCCGCGGCCGGCUCCCGCCGUGGGAAGCGGGACCGUGUGUCCGUCUGUCCAUCCGGCUGUAUCCCCCUGCCCCACACCCCGAGGGGAAGGGGGGGAGGCGGAGUGGUGGGUGGGGGGGCGGGAACGACGGCGAAGAGCGGCGGCCCCCGAGGGCAGGAGCGGCGGCCGGAGCACCGGGAGGGCGGCGAGCGUGGCGGGUGGAUGAGCUCCGGCCUGGUAAGUCUUUAUUUUGUUAAUAAAUGGCUGUUGGUUAUA